AUGGAUGACUCACUAUCUGAAGAGUCUGAAUCGGAUACUCCUGAUGACUCGGAGAGCGCAGAUAACGGCAGCAAGGCCACGCAGGAGCGAACCAGCGUCGCGCUCGAUGACUCCAUCCAAGUGCUGGCAACUGAGCUCGUGGACGCCCCCGCCUCGAAAGCCCAGCGCGAGCAGGCCGAGGCCGCGAAGACACAGGCUCCAAACGUCCCCACCUAUCAAGCCAAGCGCGCGGAGACUCAGACCAAGAAAGUUGACACCAGAGAGAAGAGCAGCAACGACAAGAAGGGAACUAAGAUCCGCUACCACAACGGCGACGACGACACCAUGGAAGACUCCCCACGUCCCUCCGUUCCCCGCUCGCUUCGCGAGGUCCUUCGAGUUGUCAAUUGGGGUUGGCAGGAGAAUCUGCAGCAGUGCGUCGCUUUCGGUCAGUUCUUUGGUUGUGGUCCCCACUCCAUGGCUAGUGGCAUAGCCAUAGUCAUCCUCACAACCAUUGCCGAGUUCUGCUUCGCCGUGCCCUGGUACUGGCUCUUCGUGCCCUGGUACUGGCUCGUCGCUGUGGGCUUCAUCCGCACCAUGUGGCCCGCUGGCAUCUGCGGAUGAAUCGCGCCCAAUCAGACAGCUAUCGACCAGGUUUCCACUGACGACGACGACCACAACGACGACGACAUUAUGGAAGCUCCUUCGCCUUCUCUCUCUCCC